AACUCCAAGAACUUAAAAAACGUCAGUUAGGUGCCACACUGAUUCUGCAUUCACGUUAUAUAUACAGUUAAAUUAUGAUUAAAUUAUUAUGGUUGUGCAUGUUAGUUGUUUUCUCUAAUGGUAAUCAGCUCGACAAAUUAAUCAGUUUUGUCAAGGGGGGAGCAAACCCUGCUGGCAGCUCUACAAUACCCCAAUCUCCCUCUAGCUUUGCACCCAGAGCAAACCAAGCUGAGAUAAAUACUGCUCCAAGAGCACAAUUCCAGAUCGUUGCUCCUAUUCCAUUCUCUGAGGUGGCAGAUCCGAAUAGAAGAGUUGUUGAUAUUGAUGUCCCUCAACCAAAAAAUACAGGAGCUUCUAAUCUCUCCAAUGCUCCAAGAUUUCAACCCGCUGCUCCAAGAUUUAAUCCUGCUCCUGGUCCUCAGCAACAACCCAGGCGAAUAGUAGCUCUCCCUGCCGGAGCUACUCAAGUUGGCGGAACUCCUUAUGUAGGGCAGGAGAAAGAGAGUUCCAUCAGUUCAGAACAGUAUACGGAGCAGUAUGUGGAUCAGUAUACGGAGCAGGUUCAAACAACUACUAAACCCCGGCAGAGGGUUCUCCAGGUUGGAGAGAGGAAUCAGAAUACUCUGGGUUCCAAUAACCAACAGUAUCAGGGUACAAGACAACCUCAGGUCUCAAGAGGGGUGUUUAGUUUACCCGGAGCAGACCAACACAGGCAAUAUACUGAGGAGUUGAAGCUUGCUCAAGAUGCAUUAUUAGCUCUUGGUUGAGACGGAGAAGGAAAUUCCAGACUAGAC